CAAUUUCCGGUUCCGGCAGUACCAGGAGCCGGGUCGAGAUGGGGGAAGAUGCGAGCGGAGCCCGGCGGUCGCCGGGCAUGGAGGCUAGAGUGGGAGCUGUGGCCUAGAGGUCCGGGCUUGGAGUUCGCCUCGGACGCGGCGGAACCGCCGUGAUCCGAGAAGGUCUUCAGGCACCAUGGAGGACAAACGCAACAUCCAGAUCAUCGAGUGGGAACACCUGGACAAGAAGAAGUUCUACGUGUUUGGUGUGGCAAUGACGAUGAUGAUCCGUGUCAGCGUCUACCCCUUUACCCUCAUCCGCACCCGGCUGCAGGUUCAGAAAGGCAAGAGCCUCUACCACGGGACUUUUGACGCCUUCAUCAAGAUCCUGCGAGCAGAUGGCGUGACUGGCCUCUACCGGGGGUUCCUGGUCAAUACCUUCACCCUCAUCUCUGGCCAGUGCUAUGUCACCACGUACGAGCUCACCCGGAAGUUUGUCGCCGACUACAGCCAGAGCAACACGGUCAAAUCGCUGGUGGCCGGUGGCUCGGCCUCCCUGGUGGCCCAGAGCAUCACGGUGCCCAUUGAUGUGGUGUCCCAGCACCUGAUGAUGCAGCGCAAGGGCGAGAGAAUGGGCCGCUUCCAAGUGCGAGGGAGCCCGGAGGGACGAGGGGUGGUUGCCUUCGGCCAGACCAAGGACAUCAUCAGACAGAUCUUGCGGGCUGAUGGGCUUCGAGGCUUCUACCGAGGCUACGUGGCUUCACUGCUUACCUACAUCCCAAAUAGCGCCGUCUGGUGGCCCUUCUAUCACUUCUAUGCAGAGCAGAUCUCGUACCUCUGUCCUAAGGAGUGCCCGCACAUUGUCUUUCAAGCCGUCUCGGGGCCCCUGGCCGCGGCCACCGCUUCCGUCCUGACCAAUCCCAUGGACGUCAUCCGAACCCGAGUGCAGGUUGAAGGCAAGAGCUCCAUCAUCCUGACCUUCAGACAGCUGAUGGCAGAAGAGGGGCCUUGGGGCCUCAUGAAGGGCCUCUCUGCCAGAAUCAUCUCAGCCACGCCCUCCAGCAUUGUCAUCGUGGUGGGCUACGAGAGCCUCAAGAAACUCAGCCUCCGGCCUGAGCUGGUGGACUCAAGACACUGCUACCAGAGAUUCACCGACUGUUACAAGCGCCUCUCCCAGCUGCAGCCUGAGAUGACGCAACGAGUCUACGACAAGUUUAUCACCCAGUUGCAGACGUCUGUCCGGGAGGAAAUCUCCGAAAUCAAAGCAGAGGGGAACCUGGAAGCCAUCUUGAAUGCCUUGGACAAGAUCGUGGAAGACCGCAAGGACCAGGAGGAGCCGGCCUGGCGCCCGAGCGGGAACCCGGAGGCGGACCUGCGCAGUGCCCUGGUGCCCUACUUCCGGCAGCAGCGGGACGCCUUGCAGCGGCACGUGCGCAAACAGGAGGCGGAGAACAGGCGGCUGGCGGAGGCCGUGGUGGCCGGGCGCCAGCAGGUGCAGGAGCUCCAGCGGAGGGGCCAGGCCCGGCAGCAGGCCUGGCAGGCCCUGCACAGAGAACAGAAGGAGCUGGUGGCUGUGCUGGGGGAGCCGGAGUGAGGAGGCGACGGCCGGACCAGGAGCAGAGGGCCGUCGAGGUCGAGGGCCUGGCCUCCGAGAACCACUGGCAUGGUGCCCAGUCCCUGAGUGGGGAUGGAAUUAGCUGGAGGAUGAGGCUUGUCUGUCCUCCUUUGGGGGCUCCCCCCCAACACACACACACACACACACACACACACUUCAGAUUCUUCCCUGUUUUCUUGUAACUAGGACGGUUGGGCAGCUCCAAUCCCAGGAGUCGUUCCCUGCCUGCUCCUGAGCCCCUCCCCUCCCCCCGCCCCGCCCCGCCCCCCGCUCGGGGAGUCUGUGUUCAUUCUCCACUGAUUGCCCCCUUGCUGGCCAGCCUGAGGACCCGUGCCAUGUUCUCCCCACAUCCGUAAAUAAACUUCCUGCACUUCCUACACUGUAA